AUGGCUGCGGCUGCGUCCCCACGGGGGUGGCACUGGGGAGAGUCCCGCUCGCUAGGCCGGGCGGUGAAGCUGCUGCAACGCCUGGAGGAGCAAUGCGGGGACCCCCGGCUCACCUCGGGUCCCCCGUCGCUGCGGGACUUGUUGCCCAACACCGCGAAGCUGCUGCAAGCGGUGGCCCACGCCCGGCGGGCGGCCGGCAGAGGCGGUCCCGAGAGUCCCGGGGGUGCCGAGGAAUUUCUCACCAUCUACCUCUCCAACCUGGAGGCCAAGAGCAGGCAGGUGGCAGCACUCCUGCCACCCCGGGGCCAAAAAUGUGCCAAGGACGAGCUGUUCCGAGAGGGAUCCAUACUCAGGCGACAGCUGGCCAAGCUGGCCCUUAUCUUCAGCCACAUGUACUCGGAGCUGAACGCACUGUUCCCUGGGGGACAGUACUGUGGACACACAUACCAGCUCACCAAGACUGAAGCCCACACCUUCUGGAGAGAGCACUGUGGAGCCCGGUGUGUGCUGCCCUGGGCUGAGUUUGAGUCUCUCCUGUACGCCUGCCACCCCAUGGAGUCAGGCCCCGCCGCCCUCGCCUUGCGCUCCACCAUCGACCUCACCUGCAGUGGCCACGUGUCCAUCUUCGAAUUUGACAUCUUCACCAGACUCUUCCAGCCAUGGCCAACACUCCUCAAGAACUGGCAGCUUCUGGCGGUUAAUCACCCGGGCUACAUGGCCUUCCUCACCUACGACGAGGUCCGAGAACGUCUGCAGGCCUGCAGGGACAAGCCAGGCAGCUACAUCUUCCGACCCAGCUGCACUCGCCCGGGACAGUGGGCCAUCGGACACGUGACCUCAGAUGGCAAUAUCCGGCAGACCAUCCCUCAGAACAAAACCCUGUGCAAGGCACUCCUGGAAGGACAAAAGGAAGGCUUCUACCUCUACCCAGAUGGGAAGAACCACAACCCAGACCUGACUGAGCUCUGCCACCUAGAGUCCCAUGAAUACAUCCAUGUGUCAGAGGAGCAGCGGCAGCUGUACAGGGCCAUGAACUCCACGUUCGAGCUCUGUAAGAUCUGCGCAGAGAGCAAGAAGGAUGUGAUGAUCAAGCCCUGUGGGCACCUGCUGUGCAGCCGCUGCCUGGACACCUGGCAGCAAUCGGACAGCCACACCUGCCCCUUCUGCCGCGGCAAGAUCAAGGGACAAGAUGUCGUGCAUAUCCAUCAAUUCCAAGCGAAGCCAGUGGAACCCAGGGCCACUGCUGAGGACCCAAGGAACAGCAGUGACCAGAAGCACAGAGAGGAGGAGCUGGGGCAGGUGGUCCCCUCAGCUCCCCCACUGCCCCCUCACCUGGAUCUGUCGCCUGAACAUCCCAGAAGUAAAGGCCAGCUGCAGGUGAAACUCCUGAAGGGAAAUCCACCCCUCCAGCUGCCCCUGUGGGGCCCACGGUUGCUGCCCAGGCCUGGAGGCCAGGGCACCAAGAUCUACUGCUAA